UAUAAGACAGCAAUAACGUAUUUUCGCAAUAAUAAAUUUGUUAUAUAAAUAUUAUAUUUUGUUCAAAAUGACGUUGUUGAGGAAAGCAUGUUGUGCGUUUGCUAUUAAUGCAAGAAGAUAUAGUUCUAACGUACAAAAUAAAAAGCCUCCGAAAAUUUUAAUCACCGGGGGUCUAGGUCAACUUGGAGUCGAGUGCGCAAAACAUUUAAGAGGAAAAUAUGGCAAAGAAAACGUUAUACUGUCCGACAUUAUCAAGCCAACCAAUGAGGUUUUUAACGAUGGACCAUACAUCUUUGCCGACAUACUAGAUUUUAAAGGUCUUCAGAAGAUAGUCGUUGAUCACAGAGUUGAUUGGCUUAUACAUUUUUCAGCACUCCUUAGUGCAAUCGGUGAACAAAAUGUACCGUUAGCAGUAAGAGUGAAUAUAGAAGGAAUGCAUAAUGUUAUUGAACUUGCAAAGCAGUACGGGCUUCGUAUAUUUGUUCCGAGUACCAUUGGCGCAUUUGGACCUGAUUCGCCGAGGAAUCCUACUCCAAAUAUAACAGUACAAAGGCCGAGAACUAUUUAUGGUGUUUCCAAAGUACACGCGGAAUUGUUAGGCGAAUAUUACUACCAUAAGUUCGGAUUGGACUUCCGCUGUUUAAGAUUCCCAGGCGUAAUAUCAAGUGAUCCUCCAGGUGGAGGCACCACAGAUUAUGCUAUAGCUAUUUUCCACGAUGUGCUGCGAAAGGGUCACUACGAAUGCUAUCUGAAGCCCGACACCAGACUACCAAUGAUGCACGUGAAGGAUGCUCUUCGCGCACUUUCAGAAUUCUUAGAAGCACCAAGCAACACGCUUAACAGAAGGGUAUACAACGUCACAUCAAUGAGCUUCACUCCUGAAGAACUGACCGACAAGAUGAUCAAACAUAUUCCAGAUUUUACCAUCACAUACAAACCUGACAGUCGGCAGGAUAUCGCUGAUUCCUGGCCCCAAGUGUUCGACGACAGCGAAGCAAGACGAGACUGGAACUGGAAACCCACCGUAAACUUGGACGAUUUAGUUUCCCUUAUGAUAAAAGAAGUUAAGGAAAAAAUAGUCGCCAAUGGCUUUUGAACAAAUAUUUCAUAAAAAUGUAUAUACAAUUUUAAUUAU